AUGGUCGAUAUCCUUGUCGGACCUGACGAACAUCCUUUCAGUGUACACCAAGACCUGCUUUGUUCAAGUUCGGGCCACUUUAAGGAAAGAUUGCAAAGCUCUCGCAAAGUCAUCGAAGGCGAGUGUUCAAUCUGCACUGAAAAGAUGUUGGGACAUUCACCAGUUACUUAUUGCGAGGCUUGUGGUCAGAACUUCCACACUGGGUGUGUCCAAGAGUGGAUGAACAAGGAUGAAACCUGCCCUCUUUGCCGCAGGGAUUGGGAGUACGUAGAGCCCACCAAGGCCUGCUUCGAUGAACUCAGUUUGAGUGACUGCGACCCUCUGAGCUUCGACAUGUAUAUGCAAUGGCUAUACACUGGAGUCAUUACAAGCUUCCCCCUUGGCGACGUUGGGAAUGAUGUGCGAAGCCGCUUCAGACAACUCAUCAAAGCACACAUAGUUGGUGACAGCUUGCAAGACGCCCGCUUUCUAAAAGCCCUUCGUGAGGAGAUUAUCGACUACAGUUUGGCCACAAACAGACUUCCUGGACAAGAAGGUGUUGUGUACGCAUAUGACAAUGCAAGCAAGACCUCCAAACUGUGGAAGUUCCUGGCGCAUUUGUAUGCUAUGAAGGCAGGCCGAAACACCCGAAGAAGCUACGAGGAUUACCCAGCGCAGUUCAUACAAGAGCUCUUGCAGGCUUUGCUGGUGCUGCGCAGACGCAAACGCAGAGAUGAUCUGAAAAAGUCCUUGGCCGACUGGCUCUCUGGAGAGGAAGAGGUGGUAGAGGAGGACGAGGAGGAAGUUGAGGAAGAGGAGGAAGAGGAAGAGGAGGAAGAGGAAGAGGAGGAAGACAAGGACGAAGACGAGGACGAGGAGGAAGAGGAGGAAGAGGAGGAAGAGGAGGACGGAGAGGAAGAGUAG